AUGUCUGCGCCGAAUCACAAACAAAAUAUGACCACCCAAUCCAACACCCCGCCGGCGACUGCGACUACCAGACUUGAGAAGAGCCACCCCGGAGUGCGCCGGUCUACCCCGGAUUCAGAGGCUCUUGCUUCGUCUGAUGAUGAUGGAGACCAUGCGGUCUUGACAACACAAAAUAUGGUUUCGUCCCCGAUCAAGCCUCGACGUCGGACAUCGUGGCUCAAUGAGGUUCCUCUUUCCAUCCAAAGGAAGCAUUCUCUCACUGGCGGUCCCCUCUCUUCUGCUCCCUCUAACCCCACAAGCCCCGCGACUGACCAAGCACCUUGGGCAACAAACCCAAGCCCGGGUAUCAGUGGCUCCUCAUUCAACUGGAAUCAGUCUGGAGGCAGUACCUUUCCUUGGGGAACGGGAAUCUGGAACUCGGAUUCACGCAAGGAGCCACCAUCACGUCUCGCAGAGAUGGUUCCAUCUCCUACCAUGACCAACCCCCCACAUUCGGGUUCGAUGGGUGAUGAACUACUCAGCCCCAUCACCCGUACUAUCUCCGGCGAAUCGCCUAUUCCAUUCUCGAUUCCGCUGCACCCAACUCCCAAAACCUACCGUUCUCAGUCGUACUCUGUUGGACAAAUGGACCCUGAGCAUCUCGGAAUGAUGGCAAAGGUUGGCGCCGGUGCUGGUGCUGGUAGCCAGUAUCCAAGUAGCCGUUCCCGAGGCCCCGGACAGACUUCAGCCGUCCAGCAGCGUGGACAGCGGCCCAGUGUUCUGGGUGAAUUGGGACAUGAUACCGCUAUGCUCGGUCGUGUUCGCGAAGACGAAGAUGGUGAUGAGAUUGGGAAUAUCUCCGAGGGAGACUCGAGCUAUUCGGCAAGUCAGGCCAGACAGAUCGAACAAUUGGCCCGUGAAAACGCGAUUCUCCGCCAAGCUGCAGCUGCUGGCCAACUUGACAGUCGGUACCGGGAUCGUGCAGCCUCAUCUGCCUCGACUGCUUCUGCUCAUCCACUACAUCACCGUAUUCGAGGUGGUGUUCCGGAGGAAGAUCUCGUGGGCGAGGACCUUGGGGAGUUGCGCGGCUACGCGCAAAUGCGCGGCAAUGGCAGACGACGACUCUCAGAGCACUCGGCAAACCUAGAGCAGCAAUUUUCCUCUUUCGCGGCCCAGCCUUUGGAGAAUCGGCAACUUGAAAAUGUGCGCAAGGCUCAUUGGCAGACGUCGCUAGGCUUUGGGGGUAUUCCUGAGGCCCCACAGAGCCGUCGUCAUUCCUUUGCCGAUAUCUCUAUGCGUCAUGGUUCCAUUGGUUCGGCCGACCCCCAUAAUGCUGCUGUUGCUACUCCUCGCGCUGGGCUUGCAGAUCAUGAUGAUGGAUACGGCAACGUCAAUGAGGGAUAUGGAAACACCAAUGAUUUUGUUAGCGCCUUGCAGCAGCAGCAGCAGCAGCAACAACAACAAUACUACCCUCGUGAACAGACCUUGCGGGGCGAUGGAUCCUCUGGAAUUCCGGCGGCUCUCAACCAGUACGCGAUGUCUAAUGCUUACGGCCGUCAACCACCUACGUUGUCUCAUGCCCACCAGAACCAGCUCUUGUACAUCGUCACGUUCAAAUGCCAUCGCGCAGACGUCUUUUACGUUCAAGAAGAUACCGGGCUCCAAGUCAAGGUCGGUGAUCUCGUGAUUGUUGAGGCAGACCGAGGGACAGAUCUGGGCACGGUGCAGCAUGCGAAUGUGUCUCUCCAAAUGGCCCGAGAGUUGAAGCAGAAAUAUGCCGAAGAGCACUACAAGUGGCUCAUGAUGUUCUCUCGCCAGGGUGCGCUUGAGGGUAGUUCCAAUGCGGCCCCUGCGGGCAUUAAUGCUCGAGGUGCUGCGGAAGGAAUUGGCCCUCAUGCGCAUGGAGCUCCGGAGACAUCGACCGAAAUCAAACCCAAGCUCAUUAAACGUCUUGCUCAGAGCCAUGAGAUUAUGGCUCUACGGGACAAAGAAGCAAAUGAGGCCAAAGCCAAGCGUGUCUGUCUGCAGAAGGUUUCAGAACACCGACUUAACAUGGAGAUCUUGGAUGCCGAGUUUCAAAUGGACUGGAAAAAGCUUACAUUCUACUACUUUGCCGAUUCAUACAUCAACUUUAACUCCCUGGUCACGGAUUUGUUCAAGAUUUACAAGACCCGAAUCUGGAUGUCCGCUAUCAACCCUGCUUCGUUCGUGACGCCACCAACUGCUGGCCUUCCUGGACCCAGUCCAAUGGCCAAUCCACUCUACAGCCAGGAUGCAUCUCAUGGAGAUCGACGACACCAGCAUGAACGGCCUUAUGGAGGUCGAGAUGCAGAUGCUGGGCGUGAAAUGGCCAAUCCCGUUGGCAUGCUCCGGAAUGCCUUCACAGACACUUAUCAGCCGUUCAUCCAGUCAUCUCGCCAGGUAGAUGCCGGACAGUCCGAUCCUUUCGCCCCAUAUUCCCCUACCAGCUACGGUCCCCUGGAGACCGGCUUCUCCGACUACCCUUCUGGUAAUGCGCCUAAUAACCGCAUGCACCCAGCACAGAGUGAAUGGGUUGGCCGUUUCCAGGGUCUAUCCCUCAACUCCUGA